AAAGAAGCAGACGAUAUGGCAGCUCGGGGAGCGACUAGGUGCAACUUGCUUUGUUGAAGACGACUGGAACUGGAUUAUGAAGACACUUUGACAGCCGCUGGAGAUGAUUUACUUAAUCGUGAUAUCUGCGUUAUCCGGAGCAGUGCUGACGUUGCUCUUACAGUUGUUGCUGCUCUGCCGCAGGAGCCCGGAGCCCAUAAAGCGGGCGGAGCAGUACGUCAAAGUAGUGGCUGACAAGGCGCUGAAGGAUUACUUUAAUACUCAACAUGUCGAUGCGGGCCAGCAGCAGGACGGCACAGCCUCGUCGCGACAGCCGGAAGUCACCGCCGGCAGCCCCAAACAACAACAACAACAACAACAACAACAACAAGGCGACGCUGCUGACGCGGACAAAGCCGAGAGCUGUCAUUUCCUUAAUGCCAUCUUCCUGUUCCUGUUCAGGGAGCUGCGGGACACUCCUGUGGUCAGACACUGGCUGACCAAGAAGAUCAAGGUCGAGUUUGAAGAGCUGCUGCAAACAAAGACAGCGGGUCGACUUCUGGAGGGACUCAGCCUUCGAGACAUUUCUCUCGGCGACUCGCUACCGGUCUUUAAAACAGCCAAACUCAUGAAGCCCGUCCAGGUGAACGAAGACGGCAUGCCGGAGGAGCUCAACUUUGAAGUGGACAUGGAGUACAAUGGCGGCUUCCACCUGGCCAUCGACGUGGACUUGGUCUUCUGGAAGUCUGCGUACCUGUUCGUCAAGAUGCGGCGCGUGGUCGGGCGGCUGAGGCUGCAGUUCACGCGCCUGCCCUUCUCCCAUUGGUCCUUCUCCUUCCUGGAGGAUCCGCUCGUGGACUUUGAGGUCAAGUCCCAGUUUGAAGGAAGACCUCUUCCUCAGCUCACCUCCAUCAUCGUCAACCAGCUCAAAAGGGUCAUCAAGAAGAAGCACACGCUACCCAACUACAAAAUCAGGUACAAGCCUUUCUUCCCGUUCCAAGUGCAGCCUCCUCUGGGAUUCACUUCUGACUUGGAACUGUUAGUCCAGGACAGCAGACUGGUGGAGGGCCGCCUCAAGGUCACCCUGAUUGAGUGUAGCAGGCUCUUCAUCCUGGGCUCGUAUGACAGAGAAACCUACGUUCACUGCACUCUGGAGCUGAGCAGCCACCAGUGGAAGGAGAAGACUCGCAGCUCCAUCAAACGAACGGAGGUUAUCAAGGGGCCAUGUGGCAGCGUGGGAAUGACGUUCAGGCAUGUGCCUGCCAGUGAGGGUGAUGCAGUGCAUGUCAGCAUUGAGACGGUCACGCCCAACUCCCCUGCAGCCUUGGCAGACCUGCAGCGAGGAGAUCGCCUCAUCGCAAUCGGAGGUGUCAAAGUGACAUCGUCAGUUCAAGUGCCCAAACUUCUAAAGCAGGCUGGAGACAGGGUAGUGGUACUGUAUGAGAGGCCCGUUUGCCAUCAAACACCCUCUCUGGGAAGCUUGGGAACACUUCAGGAGGGAUUUGGCCAGCUGGAAGAGCCAGGUUUCAUAUCCCAGCCAGGGGGGUAUGAAGAAGACCCAGCCUCCAUCACCACCUUGUCUGACAUAUCUGACACGAAAGACAUGGACUCUGAAUUUGAAGAGUUGAUUGUGGACUCCAAGCCCAGCCAGAGUGUUGUCCCUAUCGGCACCAGUGAUACUAAGGAUGAUUUCUUACUUGCAGUAAACCAAAGCCCCAAAAGAACAGUGGCCACCUUGGCUUCUAAACCUCUUGGGACCAUAUCUCCCAUCCUCAACCGCAAGCUAAAUCUGGUGGGUCUCCAGUCCCCACUAAAACCCCAAACGAAAGAAUCACCAAAGCCCUCACGACAGAAGACAAACAAUGAUUCAGGAGAUAGUUUACAGCGUCCCACGGUACCCCCUCCACCCCCACCUUCUCGUCCCCCUGUUCCACCAAGACCUCAAAUACGGUUGUCAUCUGCCUGCUCGGAAAACAGUUUUUCUGACAGUGUAGAUUAUGUUCCAAACACAACUUCUGCCAUUUCUACUGUGACUACCACCAUCAGCACUUCUGAGAAAUCUCCUGAAAAAGCUGCUCUGGCUGGAGCCAGCGAGGACAUGGCUUGCACUGAGAAGACAGGGGUCAAACAGACAGAGGUGAAGUCCACCAGGCCAUCAGAGUCGAGUGAUGAGAUUUCAGUCUCGUCCAUCACCGGCAGCAAGGCUGACCAGGCAAAGGACAAAGUUUCAGAGAGUUCCUGCAGCACACGGGACAGUCUAGAAGAUCACUCCCUCUGGGAGUCUUCAGAAACGAUGUUUCGUAAUCAGACCGCACGUUGGCCUAAGGGCUCUGCUGUGUUUGAUGUGGAGAGCAACCAUAAGUACCUUAAUGUGGCCCUUUGGUGUAAAGAUCCCUUUAAGCUGGGCAGUUUGUUGUGCCUGGGUCAUGUCAGCCUUCAGCUGGAGCAUGUGGCCCUCGAAUGUAUGGCGACAUCCUCAGCAGAAUACCAGAGCACAUUUAGGCUUGGGCCUCCGGAACCAAGAGCUAAUGUCAGCCGCACUGCACUACGCAGCCUCAGCACCCACAAGGGCUUCAACGAGAAGCUGUGUUAUGGAGACAUUACUCUAAAUUUCUGUUACCUAGCAGGGGACGAGUUAGACUAUCCAGGACUGGCAGAGAGAGAGCGAGAGGGCAGUCUCCAUGAUGACGAUCUAAGGGAGCGAGAGAGGGACCAUGUCGCCGCAGCGUCACGUGAUGACUUGGCAUAUGGCGCCGUGCAGCUGGUUGAGGUUCGUCACAACUUCCAGGACACCCAAUUCCAAAAUCCUACCUGGUGUGAAUAUUGCAAAAAGAAAGUCUGGACCAAGGCAGCGUCUCAGUGUAUGAUCUGUGCCUAUGUAUGCCACAAGAAAUGCCAGGAAAAAUGCCUUGCUGAAAAUCCUUUCUGUGUGGCGGCAACUGAACGUCGAGGAGCUGACCCUGAGGCCAAGUUCACCAUUAAUCGGGCCACCACUGGCUUAACCCGCCACAUCAUCAACACCAGCUCCCGGCUGCUUAAUCUCCGGCAGGUCCCCAAGACUCGUCUGGUUGAGCAGGUAGCUGAUGUGGUGCCUGGAGCGGCAGACCCUUCCCCGAAGCAGACUCCCAACACCUCAGACAAUGAGAGCAGCGAUACAGAGACCUACACGAGUGGCGCCAGCCCCUCCAAGCAACCUUCUGGCAGUGGGGGAAGCAGCAAACUUGUUCGCAAGGAGGGCGGUUUGGACGAUAGCGUGUUCAUCGCUGUGAAAGAGAUAGGACGAGAUCUCUACCGAGGUUUACCCACAGAUGAGCGUUCCCAAAAACUGGAACUGAUGUUGGACAAGCUGCAGCAGGAAAUUGAUCAGGAGUUGGAGCACAACAACGCUCUCCUGUUGGAAGAGAGAGAGACGGCAGAUCCGAGGCGUAAAGUGCUGAUUAGUUCAGCCUUGUCCAAGUCCGGGGAAAGACUCCAGGCACUCACUCUGCUCAUGAUCCACUACCGUGCAGGCAUCGAGGACUUGGAGUCAGUGGAAAGCACCUCUCCUUCAGAGCAGCAAUGCUUUAAGGGAAAAGGAGAUGGAUUAGAAGACGAGGCCCUGAUGGGAGCGGAGGUCUAUGACAGUGACAUGUGCAGCCCAGUGGAAGUCCAACUGUUGGAUGACAUUACUGAGGAACAGAUCUGUGUGGAAGCCCUCCACUAAAUCAGAGAGCGAAGAGGAACAUGUUUGGACCUGUGACACUUUGGUGGUUUUUCGGGGUCAUUUGAGAUCACUAUGGUCCAUUUGAAAGGGUCUUACGGUCCAUAAAGGAAAUCCAGGUGGGAUUUUCCCCCUAUGGGUAUUUGUUAAAAUUGCUGUUAAUUUGAUGAAUGGUUUUUGCACACCUUUUGUGUCCAUUCAUUCGGGUUGUAAAGGGAAGCGUUUCUGGUAUGUUGUCCAAUCUAGAUGUCAUUUUACUGAUCAUUUGAAACGUCUAACGGUUUGAGUGUGGCCCUCUUUUUUUUUUGUGGACAUUUGUGAUCCUCGUUCAAGGUUAUUGUCAAGGUCAAACCGACUCCAGCAGAUCACAUGGCAAAAGAAAAAAACUGCACAGUUCUGCUCAGAAGUUUACAUUCAUUCAUUGUGGGAUUGAAUAUGUCCAUUUUGGGCCCCUGAUGAUUUAUUAAAACCGUUGAUUUGCUAGGGUGGAAUGAUGAUACACGGACACACACACACACACACACACACACACACACACACACACACAGGAACUGGGUGCACAAGGUAGAAUUUAUUUCUAAUUUUCCUCAAUUUACAUAGAGUCAAAAUGAUACAUAGAAGUUCCAACAUAGACGUACAUCGGGGACCCCCUUACAAGGGCAUGAGCAGUUUAGUCAUUUUACAGUAGGAAAAACUCUAGUAAAAACUCAAGUUUAUUCAUUAAUUUCUAUCGGAUGGAGUGAAAUAAGAAUUUGAUCCCCCACCAGCCAGCAAGCAUUGUGACCCCCACAGAGUGGUUACGUGUCCACGAAACACACAAAUGAGCCCUGUCACUUUAAGAAAGUACUCCUAAUCUCAAGUCAGUAUGUGGACACCUGUCACACCAACACUCUCUUCCAUUCAAAGCUCCCCACCACCAUGGACAAGACAAAGGGCUGACCUCAGGGACAAGCUUGUCGACCUGCACAAGACUCCAGUAGAAUGGACCACAACACCACCAAGAUGUUUAUAGAUCUGCACAAGACUUCAAUGGACAACAGAGCUUCAACAAGAAGCUGGUCUAGUCCAUGGUGAUCACGAAUGGGAAGUUGAUGGCACUCGGUCUUGUCAAGUUGAAGGGACUGUAGUGGUUUAAAAAAUGUCUUUAUUUGUCACAGUUACUAAAAACAUCCGAAAAAUUGGCCGUAGCACAUGCACAUGCACAUGCACAUGCACAAGCCCGCUUUCGUGUACUAUGUGGCUCUCAAGAGAAGCGACCGGCAUCUUGGAGUCAUGGUGUGGGUGUGAUGCCAAGGCUGGACCAGCGUAGGGAACCUUGAUGACUGCAUCUGGCUCUCAUUUCUUAGCACCAUAGCAUUGGUUGGUUGAUUGAUUUUCCAUUGACAUUUUAAAGUAAAACAUUCCAGAAAUCACAGUGUUAAAAGUAACGUUCAAAAUAUAAAACAUUUUCUGGGUCAGACGCCUAAACUCCAUUUUUGGAUAAUGUGCUAGCCUACCCGGGUCAUUGAGAGGUCAAGCAAAUAGCCAACUGACUAAUUCUGCAGAGCCGACCCUUUUGACGAAGAAUAUGGCGAAAGGAAAGAAAGAUGAGGAGUGCCGUGCAAAACCAUGCAGCACCAGAACUUGCAUUAUCGAUAAGAAGUAUCUGAUCAUUCUUAUGGGCCUGCAAGCCCAUAUUACCAUUCCAAAUGUUCUAUAAUCAUAUCUUAUUCUGCUAGCAUUAAUGCUGGAUGAACGGUGCACUGAGCCCCUCCCUGCAUACGUCACCUGAUUGGACAGGUCCUGGUCAUGGGUAGUGUGCGAGUUAUAGUGUGCCACAUUUUGUGUAACCGUGGCAAAGUAAUUGAUGGAAAAAAGCUUCUUCCAGGGCAACAGGCUCACUUGCACAUUUCCAGGCUGCGCUGCCUGCGGGGGUGACAGGCCGGCCAGUAGCUCAGUGGUGUUUCUCUCGCCUCGCACUCUUAGCGGUCCAGGGUUUGAUCCUUGGUGGUGCGACAUUUUGUGUAACUGUGACAUCGCUUCAAAAUAAAAGCAUCUUUAAACGUCUAAAUAAAACCAGGAAUUUAGCAAAUUUAAAGGACAACGCUGAAUGAAACACACCGACAGGAUGUAAACGCAGCAACGACGUACCGUCUUUUAUCUUUUCUUGGCUUCAUGGAGAAAUAAACAUGAUAUAAGGAUUAUACAGCACAAUAUUCUUCAGGCAAUGACCCAAACGUACGUAUUCCUGCUGCCCCAGCAAUGCUGUCUUUGCCUAUAAAAUAACGUUGCCAGAGUAAUUAGUGAGGAAUACAAUACUACUCGCUGCGUCCUGCAGAGAGCAAACGCAAAGCGUAAAAAGGGCAGGCCUGUUCAACAUUUCUACUGACAUUUUUUCUAGUUUUCUUAUAAUAUUUGUGGAUAGCUUCAGUAUAACAACGUUAUUAAAAAGAAAAAAUUCCAAGUCUUAUUAUAUUCUUAAAUGGUUGGUCUUGCUUUAAAAAGGCCGUAUUUCGUUGUAUUCAGUGUCAAAAAAUGUUCUAUGGCUCUCACGGAAAUACAUUUGUAAAAAUGUGUGGCUCCUUUAGCCAAAAAAGUUCCCUCCCCUUGGCUAUGCAUUCAAUGAUAGCUAACAUUAGAAGCUAAACAUUGCCAAAUCGCUAGCAUCAGUUGACAACCAACACAAGCAGUGUGUGUGUUACGUCGUGUCUAAACUACACAGCUCUUAUAGAACUACACAAAACCUCCAUCGCUACAGUAACGUUACUGACACCUAGUGACCCAGGUACAAUACUACAUGUCACCACGUCUUUGAAUGCGUCUUCUGGAUGCCUUGUGUUUGUACAGCCAAACCUUGGUUAGCGUCGUUAAUUUGGUGCAGAAGGUCAGGUUUUUUUUCCCAUAAGAAAUAAAGUAAAUCCAAGGAAUCGCUUCCAGAAAGCUUUUUAUGGUUUUACAAUUACAGAUUGACAUUCAUAAAACAAUGAAAAAUGCAUAUAAAUGAGGAAUGAAGGGGAUAAAUGAAGCCAACUGUCCCUUUAUGGUUACUUUACCGUCAUCGAAGACGUGACUGACAACAGGAACGUGGGGGUGGUUGAUCUCGCUGCCACAUGGCGUCUUCGGGAACACACGUCUUCAAUGAGGGUUAAAUGUUCACUUAUCCCUUUCAUUCCUCAUUUAUAUGUGUUUAGAAUGGUUUUAUGCAGAUUGGAAAGCUAUCAAAAUGUGUUUUGUGGUAACAUUUUUGAGAGCCAACUGCUGCUGACGUCAUAAACAUGCAACAUAACUUCCAGUUUUGGUUGCCAUUUUGUUUAGCUAGCUAAUAGAAUGCUAACGAGGAAGGGUGCUUUGUGAUAAAAAAAAACAAGAUUAAGAACACCCUGAAGCAAAAUUGUGGCAUAAAUUUUAGACAUUAACCAAAAAACAUGCUACCCAGGUCAGAUGCUAACUGAGGUUCCUCUGUAUUUUACUUAAUUUAACCAUUUUUAUGCUAGAAAAUGCUUAAUUUGGACCAAGAAUAUGUACACUUUGCUUAAAAAUUAGGGCCGUCACAAGAUCUGUCGUUCAGAAAAAAACUCUUGUAGGCCUGGGAUGAUAAAUUAAUCCCACAAUAAAUGAAAGUGAACUGGA